UUCAGAUAUUUCAUCACUUCAAUUUUCUGCUUUAUAUUGAUUUAUAAAACGUGAGAAAUAUUCAAAUCUUGCGAUUUCUACCUUCUAAAAUUUCAUGCCAUCUGUCAUAAAAUAAGAUAAUGAUCCAGUACUUUUCCCUGAUCUGUACUGAAACAAGUUCAGGACAUUAAUCCACACACCAAUCAGAUACUAACCUUUACUUUCUGAUCAUGGUGAAAUCUGAUUGAGUGAAAGCAGCCAUAUAAAAAGCCAUAUAAGGUACUGCAUUUUAGACAUUGUGUUUAGUAAGUGUGGUAAGUGAACUACCUAAUCGGACAGUCGCACGAUUUAAUGGUUCAAUGGUAAACCCCUCUUUAGUGAGACCAAGCAUUAUUGGGCUCUUUUAUCAGUGUUGGACACCCGCUGAGCGCAUUGAUCCGCAAUGUAGGUGACCUGAGUCCCAGCAGCAGUUACAUUAUAAAUUUGAUCAAAACUAGUCAGAUAGUGCAGAGGGACUAUUACCUGGCAAUGCAAAGUGAUCAUAAUAAACUUGCACACAGUGCUGCAUGUAGUAGAUUCAAUCACUGUGAAUAAUAAAAAGGAGUGUGUUCUCUUACACAGACCCCUACUGAGGCAUAAUAGCCUUACAGAAAGGUCACAUGAACAAAAUUUACACAUGUGGCUUUUAGACAUUUUCCAUGUCAAGUUUCACACAUUGGUCACAUGUGCAUCAUUGACAUGCUGUGCAUAGUGAUUUUUUAAAAUGAUUAAUUUAUCUUCACAAGUUUUUCGCAGUUAUGUGAUAACACAUUGUGUACAGUUCACUGGUGCAGUUUCAGUGCAAAACAUGUUGAAAUGUAUCUUCACCUUUCUCAAAUAAUACUCACCAAGUCCCAUGUGAAAAAAUACUCAGGUGUGAAAUGUAUGUGAUUGUUACACUAGGGUCAUUUCAUGGGAGCUGUAGCUUUUCCAGAAAAAAAAUUCUUGAGCUUUUCUUUUAUGUGUAAACGUUUUGGUGUUCAAAAUGCUAAUACUUGAAAAAAGGAAGCGAAAUCACUAGAAGUAGAUAAUUAUUAUUUUCACAUCUGGCUGAAGAAUAAGCUGAUUAGACACCAAAUUGAAGAAGAAUCUUAGAAAAAAGGCAUCUUCGGUGGUUCCUCAUUGGAUAAUCAUGAGUUCUUAGGUUCCAAAAAAGGCUCUACUUGGAACUUUUUCUGAUAGGGACAAAUAUAAAACCCUUAAGGGAGUGUACUGAUUUUUUUCCCCCUUUUUUUUUUCCAUAUAGCCUAGCCUGUGGUAAUUAACUGUGAACAAGUUUUUGUUCACAAAAUUAACAAAACGCAUGGCACAGCAAAAUUUAAGCAUAAUGAGAAGCAGUUUUAUCGAAUGCUUUGAUUUACUUGUGUUGAGGUCAGUUUGUGAAUUUGACGUAAUUUCUAUUGAUGAUCUUAAACGGUCCAGUGCUCUCGUCCUGCCACCUGCCACUCCGGCCUCCCUGCGGAGCAGAGCUUUUUACUGAUUUAAAAGUGGAGGAAUUUAAGUGCUGGCUUGUUUAAGCCAAUUAAGAGAAACUGACUUAGCGCCUAACCGCCAGCUUGCCAGUCACGUGGGCUGAGAGAGCGCGCGCGCGCCUGUUCGAAAGCGGCUCAUAGUAAAGAGCGCGCGCCGCUCCAUCUGUACCUUCCGCGAAGAGUGCACACACCUCUCCAUCCACACACACACACACACACACACACCUCUCCAUCCACACACACAAACACACACACUUAGUUUACCAUCCACAAACGCACCGGGAAGAGCGCGCACACAAAACUCCAUUCAUAUACACACACACACACUUUACCAUCCACACACGCACCGGGAAGAGCGCACACACCUCUUCACACACACAAACACACACACACACUCACAGACUUUAUGAUGCACACACGCACCAGGAAGAGUGCACACCCCUCUCCAUCUACACACCCCUCUCCAUCUACACACACCUCUCCGUCCGCCGGUAAGAGCCGCAUCCGCGCGCCAGUGUAUCUCCGACGUUAACAGGAAAAGGUUUACAGGAGGAUAAAGGAGGUGAAACUCUAGCGAACUUGCUCUCCUGUCGAAGUGUCCUGCUGUCUUCUGGGCAGCGCCCGACUCAAGAUGUUUGAACACCAGGAUCCCGCGCUGAAAACAACAGCAGCUCACAGAAUUUCCUUUUCAAUUAUGGACAUUUUGGACCCUCACAAGUUCACACGUAAAAAGCGGGCCGGACUUUCCCCAGCGAGCAGCGACACGCCUUUCCGGAGCACAGAGUUUGGAAACAUGUCCAGCUCACUCUCUGGCAGAGCUGCUGCUUCUCCACAUGAGUCCUCACUUCCCAACAGCAAUCCAGGAAGGAGCACAGAGGAGGUGCAGUGCAGCUCUCCGCUCACACCUGAUGUGCAGACAACCACCGCCCUCGGAGACACACACUCUCGGCUCUCAUGUCCCAAAGACCCGGAUGAGGCGGACGGCGAUGAAGAAAGCAGUAGCAUUAACUGUGCUGCAGACGCAUCGAGCACGGAGGAUCCCGCGCGCCGCCGCCGUCGCUCCCGGACCGAUCACGGGAGCGCGCGCCCCCGACGCGCCAGAACCGCGUUCACCUACGAGCAGCUGGUGGCGCUGGAGAACAAGUUCCGCGCAACGCGCUACCUGUCCGUGUGCGAGAGACUGAACCUGGCGCUGGCGCUCAGCCUGACAGAGACCCAGGUGAAGAUCUGGUUUCAGAACCGCAGAACAAAAUGGAAGAAACAAAACCCGGGGGCUGCGGACAGUAUCCUGCAACCGCCGAGCUCGAGCGUGAGUCCAGGUGCGGGACUGUGCGGGGCAGCCGUGGCGGGAUUUCACUCUUUCCCGCCUUUCAGCGGCGGAAACAGUAUUUUUCACUCUUCCAGCGCCAUACCAUUAUCAUCCCCUGGUACGCUCCUGCGUCCGUUUUUUUCUACUGGCUACCUGCAACCCACCUUCUUCCAGCCUCAUUUAUAAAAGGCAAGAUGACCUGCUAAAGGAAAGGAAGCGGAAUGACGAACUUAAAAGUUAUGAUGUAAAUAUAACAAGACUUCAUCGCAGGACUUCAAACUGGCUCUUUCUCAUUGCCAGUCUGGUACAUCCAGCACACAUGACCCUGCAGAGCUACUGCCUCUGUAAACACAUCUUAAAUAGUUAUUUAAGGACUAAGAGAUAAACUACAGCCCAUACUAUAGCUCAGUCAUGAGUCACAUUUUAUGAACUAAGAUCAAACCUUGUUAAUACUUGAUACAUCUGCAACAACAUAUUUAUGUUGUUACAAGAUGCAUUAUUGGAUCCUUUAAUCGAAAAAAGUGUUCAUAUCAGUGAUUUACAUAAUGUAUGUGCUAUAAAUUACAUUAAAUCCAACUUUUUAAUAGUAUAUUAUGGGAAACUGUGAAGAAAGGAAAUGUAUAAUAAUAAAAGCAGAUUGAAUAAAGAAGUUCGAAUCCUAAAUUUCACUCAGACACGUUUGGUUUAACAGCAAGAGCUACUGACACACACACACACACACACACACAC